AUGGUGCGCGUGCCCGGAUCUUCUGGUGCCUCGGGAUUUUACCGUGAAUCCCGGAGCGAAGAUGUCAAGUUCAAGGUAAAACGGGGACGCAAGUGUCAGCGAAGAAGGGAUCGUCGCAGACACGAUAUUAUAAAGGACCCUUGGCCCGGCAGAGUUUUGGGAGGGGCUCGAAACGAAUCGAAAUUCAAAGAGGAAGAUCGCCAAGGUGAUCCCGAAGAAGAAAAACCUCUUUUCCCUCCUGAGGUCACUUUGGGGACCACCGCGGAUCGUAUUGCAAAGUACGACCCGCUAGUGGAAACACGUCCAGCCAAAGCAGGACACGUUUCGUCUCAAAACAAAACCACACAAAAAAAACAAGAAAAAAGAUUGAAGACUACGGCUCCUAAGGAUCUUCAAGCGUUGCUAUCUACGGAGCCAGUGCUGACCAUCUUGGAACCGGAGCUGAUCGAACCGCUUCGGGGACCAACAUCGACUCCACCAGCAGCCACUAGCAAAGUGGAAGCAGUGCAACGUCUCAUUCAACUGCUAUACGGCGCGGGAUUUGUGCCGGGGGAGUUUGACGCGCAGGUUCUGCGUGACUGCGACCUUGAUCAAGUGACCACGGCCAGCCGAUCACUGUCCAAAGCGCUAGUCCCAAUAAUCGGCAACUAUGACUCCGCUGAUAGCGAGCUCACGACCAGUAUCAUGGUCAAAGAGGAAGACGGUUCACCAGCGGCGUCGUCACAUUACGCUUCAGCGGAGUCGAUUGCGGACGAUAGCGACGGCUUGUAA